CUUUCUUUUAUUUUUUUUUAUUUUUGGGCUAUUUUUCUUGCCAAAAAGUGUUUUUAUCUAUUUACGUGUACACGCGUGUGAAUUAAAAGUAUGACUGAAGUGAUCGAAGGGGAUGUGGACUCUAUUAUAUCACGCCUAUUGGAAGUAAGAGGAAGUCGUCCUGGUAAACAAGUUCAACUGGGAGAAAAUGAAAUUCGAUACCUCUGUCAAAAAUCACGCGAAAUAUUCAUGAACCAGCCUAUUCUAUUAGACCUAGAAGCACCUAUCAAGGUCUGUGGUGAUAUCCACGGUCAAUACUACGAUCUAUUAAGACUAUUCGAGUACGGAGGCUUCCCUCCUGACGCCAACUAUUUAUUUAUGGGAGACUAUGUAGACAGAGGCAAGCAGUCUUUGGAAACCAUUUGUCUAUUAUUGGCCUACAAGAUCAAAUACCCUGAAAACUUCUUCAUCUUGAGAGGCAAUCAUGAAAGUGCAAGUAUCAAUCGUAUAUACGGCUUCUAUGACGAAUGUAAACGAAGAUAUAAUAUUAAGCUAUGGAAAACCUUUACGGACUGCUUUAAUUGUUUGCCUAUCGCUGCUGUCAUUGACGAAAAGAUCUUUUGUAUGCACGGAGGCCUUUCACCCGAUUUACAGUCAAUGGAACAAAUUCGCAGAGUCAUGCGUCCGACAGAUAUUCCGGAUACCGGUUUACUCUGUGAUCUGUUGUGGUCAGACCCUGAUAAAGAGAUUGUAGGCUGGAGCGGAAAUGAUCGUGGGAUAUCCUUUACCUUUGGUGCAGACGUCGUUUCCGGAUUUCUACAAAAGCAUGAUUUAGACCUUAUUUGUCGUGCUCAUCAGGUCGUGGAGGAUGGAUAUGAGUUUUUUGCAAAAAGACAGCUCGUAACAAUUUUCUCGGCACCCAAUUAUUGUGGCGAGUUUGAUAAUGCAGGUGCUAUGAUGAGUGUAGAUGAGUCCUUGAUGUGCUCUUUCCAGAUUUUAAAGCCAGCGGAAAAGAAGGCGAAAGCAGGCUCAAACAAUAAGCAGAAGAAUACAAAAGGAAGAGUGAUGUAAUGGAUUCUAAUGGAGUUUAUGUUUUCUUUGUAAGAGUGAAUGUAUGUGUGUGCACAUGUACAAAUAAAACUACUACUACACUAAGUGAUACCACAUCAGAAUGAACAUUGCAAUAUUUGAAUAUAAUAAAUCUACUCAUGAAGUAGCAUCUUAUAUAAACACAAACUCGACACUAAUUGUACAUACAAUUAUCUCU